CUAUUUUCUAUCUCAUUUCAACUUAACGUUCGAGUAUGGAAUUAAAGAGAGAUGAGUAGAAAACAUACAACGUGACAGUUCUGUCAAUGAUGGUUGUGGUGGCGUUUACUCAUUUUUUCUGUUCUACGUUUAACUUGAGUGCGAUAAGAAUAUUUUUAGAAGUUCAAGGCCAUAAAAAUUCACUAUGUCGAGUACAUUUAUGAUAAUUACAACGUUUUUCGAAAUUUAUUUACAUUUUUUACCUUUCUAAAUUAUUGUGUAUCACGUGAUCUUCUAUUGAAUUUUAAUUGGUCGUCGGUGAGCGUGCCCUGCGCGACGCGAGAGGCGCAAUAAUAGUUUUCCAAAAUGCCGUCGGAAUCAAAGCCUUUGUUGACAGCUCAGACAGAAAAACCAAAUCAUUAUAAAUAUCUCAAGGAAUUUCGAGUGGAGCAGUGUCCGUCGUUUUUACAACACAAAUGUACACAACAUAGGCCUUUUACUUGUUUCCACUGGCAUUUUAAUAAUCAAAGAAGACGAAGGCCAGUCAGAAAAAGAGAUGGAUCGUUUAAUUAUAGCGCAGAUAACUAUUGUACCAAAUAUAAUGAGACUUCGGGUAUUUGCGAGGAUGGGGACGACUGUCCCUACCUGCACCGGACAGCAGGCGACACAGAGCGUCGGUACCACCUACGCUACUACAAAACCUGCAUGUGUGUCCAUGAUACGGAUGCUAGAGGCUUGUGCACUAAAAAUGGAGCCCACUGUGCCUUUGCUCACGGUGCACCAGACUUACGCCCUCCCGUACUGGACGUGAGGGAGUUGCAGGCUUUAGAGAACCCUGAUGCGGCUGAUGGUGAUGCUGCAGCGCCCAACGCUUUAGAUAGGGAACGAAAUUUAAUGAAUGAAGACCCUAAGUGGCAAGAUACAAACUACGUGUUAUCAUCAUAUAAAACUGAACCAUGUAAAAGACCACCUAGGUUAUGUAGACAAGGAUAUGCAUGUCCUCAAUAUCACAAUAGUAAAGAUAAACGCAGAUCACCAAGAAAAUACAAGUACCGUAGUACACCAUGUCCAAAUGUGAAGCAUGGCGAGGAGUGGGGCGAGCCCAGCAACUGCGAGGCGGGGGACGCGUGCGGGUACUGCCACACACGCACGGAACAGCAGUUCCACCCAGAGAUAUACAAGUCCACCAAAUGUAACGACGUGCAACAGGCCGGAUACUGUCCCCGAGGACUCUUCUGUGCAUUCGCACAUGUUGAACGUGAGUAUUUAGCCGAAGAUCUAAGUGCCGCCCGCGAACUGACCGCGCCGUUAGAAUGUGGAGCCAAUCUAGCCGACCUAUUGUCAUCUGCACUGCCUCCCGACAAAAAGUCUGCAGACAACGCAGUGAGCAUGCUCGGCAACGCCAUCUCUCUGGAGCGCGUGCGGCCGCUGUCGCCGCCAGCGCUGCUGCAGACCAACGGCAGCGGCGAGGGUUCGGAGUGCGCCUCUACGUCCAGCGGCGGCUCCAGCGGCGGCCGCGCGCCCGGCUCGCAGCCGCGCGCUCUCGUUCCCCGCUCUAACUUCGAACAGGAAGAACGUAAGGUCCAGCAGUCUGCAGUUCAACAGCCCUCUGUGUGGGCGCAACGCUCCUCCGCCUUCGACACCACCGUGCUCACUGAAGUCGUCGGUAACGCUCUCGACGACUUACAUCUAGAGGAUCCGUUGAAUCUCGUGGCGUCUCUCGACCGAGACCUGUCGGACGGCGAGGGACUGCUCGGCGGCUCGGCGCCGGUGAACAUCCCACAGCCGCGCCCCACGCUGCGCGGCUUCAGCCCGCCCACGGGGGGCUCCCCGCUGCCACCGUUCCUGCGCUACGCCCAGAACGACACUGAGCGGCUGUUCAACUCGCACGCGAUGAAGACCGGCAGCUUCGGCGGCAGCGCGGGCCCGUUUGAGUUCGCGGCGACGUCGCCGUCGGCGCCGGCCGAGCUGUCGCGGCUGCGGGACGAGCUGGCCGCGUCGCGCGCCGCCGCCGCACGCUGGGACGAGCGCAUCAACCAGGCGCGCUCGGCGUGCGACGCGUGGCAGCGCGAGUCGGACGAGGCUCAGCGCAAAGCGGCGCUGGCGGAGCGCCAGCGCGACGAGGCGCUGAACCACGUGAUGACGCUGCGGCGUGAGCUGGAGGCGGCGCGGGCCGGCAUGGCGGGGCUGGCGGCGCGCCGCGAGUUGCGCGGCCUGCCGCUCACCACGCUCAAGGCGCUGCAGGCCCAGGCGCGCUCCGACCUCGAGGAGAUAGAGAAGGUGCUGUACCUGGAAACGGCCACCAAGUGCAUGGUGUGCGAGGAGCAGCCGCGCAGCGUCACGCUGGCGCCCUGCAACCACUACGUGCUGUGCGAGGGCUGCGCCGCCACCAACAAGGAGUGCCCCUACUGCCAGACGCCCGUGCAGCACCACCAGUAGCGCCGCACCAGUAUUGCUUCGUGUACGACGCGUGGGCCGCAGGUACUCGCUCUCUACCCCUCUAUGUAUAGUAUUUCGGAUGUAACGCUGGUUUGACGGGCUAUCGAUCCAAAAUCAAAAUAUACUUUCAUUGAUAUUUUUUAUAUGUGGGUAUUACGGGGUCUACUGGGUUAUGAUAAUAUCACUUGAUAAUGAUAAUAAUAUAGGAUAUUUAAUUCUAGAGAAAUGAGCAAGACUUAUUCUGGUGAAUUUACUGAAUGAAAUUAAAAGCAUGAAUUAGGAUUUUUCUAAUACUGCCACUGUCGUUUAUAUAAACUAAUUUAAGGAAAUAUUAACCAUUUUCCUGUAUAUUUCAUAUGACUAAUAGAAGACAAUCCGGUUCAAUAUAACGAAACUCUUUUGCAGAAUUUUAAUGUAUAUGUAACUGGAGUUUAGAUAUGUAGACGACUUCUUUCGCAUGAAAGUUUAACGAUCCUAUUUGAUAGACAUCAAAGCUAUACAUAUAAAAGCUACUUGACUAUUGACUAUCAAUUUAAAGCUAACAUUACGCAAAUACAGAUGCAUACAUUUUUAUACUUAUCUACAUAUAAAUAUAUUAUAAUCUAUUAAAUAUUUUUCAUAAAACGAAUAUAUUUAGUGCAUGGGUUACACACAGUAGAAUUUUAAUGUUACAAGAUUAUAUAAAUAUGCUUUUGAUGUUAACUAAUUUUUGUUUAUUUAGAUUCAUGUAUUAGUGGACUGUUGCUUUUACUGAUUAUAAAUGAACAGCAAAUAUUAUAGCUAUUUAUGAUGUUCUAUCGUGGAGUUGUGGUCAUGCUUGCACCAAAGGUCAACAAAAAUAUUAUACUUAUAACACUUUUGUAGAAUUUUGAAUAUUAAAUACGAUAAAAUUUUGAUAUUAUAGAUAUUGAUGGAAGCACGGCCACAAGAAAUUAUUAGUACCUAAUUAUGAUAAUUUAAAUAUAUAUAAGUAGUUUUUAGUUUUAUAUCGAUAUUCAAACAGACUUUCGCAUGUUCAUAUUAGGAUACCUACUGCUAAAUGAAGCAUACUUGGAUCAGAACUUGUUAUUGUUAUAAUUUGUACGCGGACGUAUGUGAAGAGCGACAGUCGCGUCGUGUUAGCUACCUUCCGUUGUUUUCGCAGCACAAUAUUUUGCCUCGAUUUAUAGCCACUGUAAGGACCAAUAUGGAUAAUCGAAUAUUAUAAGUAAAUUGAGUUAUCUGAACGUUUUAUAUUGAUGUAAACGAAGGUACUGGCGGAGUUUUUAGAUAUUAGUGCAUUUUAAGUUUUACAUUCCCAUGUAAUCGUUAGAAGGUUUUAUUAUUUUUAUUACAAUAUUGGUGUAGGUGUAAUGCAAGUAACCAACAGCAUUUAGUUAUUAUCAAUUUUCUAUAAUAGGAUUUUCUAUGAGCAAAUUAAGCGAUUCAGUAGACUAAUGCAAUUGUUAAAUUCUUCAGAGACAGUUUUUAACUAUUGUAGUCUUCUUUGACAAACAUAUCUGCAGAUUUGUGAAGGUCAUUUUUUAUAUUUUCAAGUGUAGAUGUUUUGUACAUCACAUCUGUUUUUGUUUUAUUUUAUAAAAGACCGACAGUGUUGACACAGGAUUAGCUGUGAAUAUUACACUCGAUUUUUGAUAUUCUACAAACAUAUUUGUCAGGAUGAUCAAAUUGUUAUCGUUUGUUAGGAAUCCAUUUUUAUUUGUUUUAUUAGCAUGUUUUGGGUCAAUAUGACUUAUAUUGACAUUGCCUGAAUCACGCAUUAUAGACGUACUCUCGCUAUAUGUACCACGUCUACGCUAAACUAUAUUGAAAGCAUUUUAUAUAAAAAUUUAUUUCAAUUUAAAAAAAUAUUUAUAUAUAUUUUGAAAAAAUCUUUGAAAGUUUUUUGUAUCGGUAUAUUAUAAUGAAAGUAAUAACAAAUUAACAUAGUUGUACGACUAGAUAUAAGUAGUGUUUUCAAAUUGUAAUGGACAUUAUUUUAAGUGUGUAGUUGCAAGCGUCUUGUAUCGUAAUCUGAAGCAAUAUGAUGACCACAGCCGCCUUUACUCAAUAUUCAAAUAUAUACAUACCCAGAUACUCUAUUUAUUGUUGGGGCGACCGCGCGUCUUUGGUAGACCACUAGUGUUGCAGUCCAUGAUGAUGGAAACUGAAUGCGUACAAGGGUAACACCUAGUAGUGUAAUGAUGGCACAACGUAAUAUGUUACUAGUCGAUUGUAAUUGAAAAUGGAACCGAAGUGAAUACUUCUAAUAGCAAUAAAACUUCUUCUAUUUCCUAGGUUGUUUACAAUUGAUUAUAAUAUAUUAAUAUAAUCGGACGCGUUAGUCGCCCUCAUUCUACAUAAUAUUAUUGUUAUGUCGGCACGGCACAUUUUGUGUGGGUUUGGUAGGGAAAUGUGCACGAUACACAUCGACAGGUUUGAUAACAAACUUUCAUCCGGCGGUAGUGCGGCCUACAUAACAUGAGCGAUUUGAGACGAGAGAAAUUAUUGAGAUUAUGCUUAAGAAUACAAAUAAGUAUUGAGUGUGGUAGAGCUACUCUUUAACAUGUAAUGUUUAAGAUUUUAUGUGUUCAUCUCAAAAUGUCAAAAAUUUGGGAUUUAAUAUUUUUAAUUGGUCAGAAUGUAUAAAAUAUGGAAAAAUAAGGGCUAUAACACACUUGUGGCUGAAAGGAUAAACAUCCGUCUAUGUUCUGUUUUGAACUGCGGUUGAAAACGUCAUGCAACAGAAAUGGUACCACCCUAUGUUCUGCGGUUAUGCCGUUUUCAAAUGCAUAAGUACCACUAGUUAUUGUUUUUUACUUUGAUGAGCGUGACCACAUGCACCGUGUGUGCCGGACUCUUUAACAACACCUUCCGUAUAUUGUAUGAAAUCCUUUUGUUUACAUGAUAUUAAGAAGUUUCUUUUCAAGUUGCGAUUCGUACGGUCGCUUAAUGAACAACAUGCGUUAGUAUUUGGACAGCCUGGCAUGGCCUGGAUUAUUGCAUAAUAUUUGUCAAUAUUAAUAUUAAGAACCGCUCAUGUUCACAACCGCCCACAUUCGCUGUUGUUGAGUAGAUCUAAAGUCACAAAUAAACUAUAUGUAGAUGUAAAGAGUCUCAAAAUAUACGUAAAAUAAGUAUGGAGUGAUGUAUGUUUGUCAAAGCAAAAUGUACUGUGUGGCCAUAGUGUUAUAGUAUAGCUUGCUAGUAUAUCUAUUUCUAAUUAUUUAAAAUUUAGAUGUGUAUUAGAGUCACAUUAUUUUUAUAUAGAAUCUUUAUCACAUGGAGAAUAUACUUUCAGUAAUUUAUGAAUAUCAAACACAUAUUGGUUGAAGUGUUUACAUAACGAUUGUUUAUUAUAGGUAGGAGUCUAUGUUUAUUUGGAAAGAAAUAGACGCAAUAAUGGUGAAUAAUGAGUAUCAGAUUGAAACAGGCUAUUUGCUACCGAGAGCGUGGGUGUAAUAUUUGUUUUCUCGUAGGUGUAGAUCAUUCAACUGCAUACUUCAUGAACACAGUUGACACAAUCCCUUGUGUAGAGUCCAACCUGCACAUGUUCACAAGAAUUACUUUCCAAAUAAAGGUGGAUGUAUUUUAAAUGUAUGUUGAAAGAACGCAAAAGUUAUUUGUAUUGAUUUGCAGGCGCAUGUGGUUCUUGUUGUUGUUUUAAGAUUAUAACAUUUAUUGUUUAAGCAAUUAUUUUAAUCAUUUGUAAUCCAUAUUUACAGUUUGCAUUUUACGUUAGUUAUUUUAUUUAGGACCAAUUUUGUUUAACUCAAGUUUCGAACCUUUGCGUACGCAUAAUAACAAAUCCUUUUUUAUAUUUAAAUAUUUUUUUCCAAUUAUUUAAUCGUUAGGUAGGUAGCUCCAACAAAUUCUUUCAAAUUUAUUAUUGUUAAAUUAGAAAUAGAUAAUGUUGUAGUAGAAACCAAUUGUGCGUUCACACUCGCGGGAAGAUCAAAUGAAUUGUGUUUUUAAUUUUUAUAUUUAUUACAAAGUAUGCAUUCAAGCUUCUAUUAAUAUCAUAGUAGGUAUUUUAUAAACAAAAUAAUUUUCAAAUCCAUGUGAUACAAACGUGUGUAACAGAGAUGUGAAGAUUAUAAUUAUUACUUUAGGUAGGUAGGUUUAAUAAAUUUUAAAUUCCAUUCAAUAAUAGAA